CUCUGGUUGUUCGGCUCACAGUGUGGAGCGGGUAGGGGGGUCAUAAGGUGAGAAGAGCGGCGUGUGAUAUAAAGAAGAAGAACAAUUCAAGCAACAUCGCAACCCAAAUUUAUUUUUCGUCCAGUUGUACAAGCCAAACCUCCGCUGGGAAGCAUGGAGAGGAAAAGGUGGGAGUGCUCGGCUCUCCCAAAUGGUUGGAAAAGGGAAGAAGUGACCAGAAAGUCGGGCUUGUCCGCGGGGAAAAGCGAUGUCUAUUAUUUUAGUCCCACAGGAAAGAAAUUUCGGAGUAAGCCCCAACUGGCCCGUUAUCUCGGCAGCUCCAUGGACCUGAGCUCCUUCGACUUUCGUACUGGCAAAAUGAUCAUGAGCAAACUGAACAAAAACAGACAGCGCCUACGCUAUGAGCACAGCGGUCAGAACAGGGGUAAGCCUGAUUUAAACACCUCUCUCCCGGUGCGACAGACAGCGUCUAUCUUCAAGCAGCCUGUUACAAAAGUCACAAACCAUCCCAACAACAAAGUCAAGACAGACCCACAAAAAGCUGUUGAUCAGCCAAGACAGCUUUUCUGGGAGAAGAAACUAAGUGGACUGAAUGUGUAUGACAUAGCUGAAGAGUUGAUGAAGACCAUGGACCUUCCCAAAGGCCUUCAAGUGUCCUCCACUGCAGGGGUCGGCCCAGGCUACUCGGAUAAAACGCUCCUGUCUGCCAUCGCCAGCGCACUGCACACCAGCAGCGCCCCCAUCACAGGCCAGCUAUCUGCUGCUGUGGAGAAAAACCCCGGAGUCUGGCUCAACAGCACGCAGCCCCUCUGUAAGGCGUUCAUGGUGACUGACGAGGAUAUCAGGAAGCAGGAGGACCUGGUGUACAACGUGAGGAAGAGGCUGGAGGAUGCACUGAUGGCUGACAUGCUGGCUCAAGUAGAAGAGACCACCAGUGAUACAAAAUCAGUGAAGGAGGAGACCAACGGCAGCAGUGAAAUGGAGACUGUAUAGCCAUAUUGCAGUAUCCCUCUAUCGUGCUGACCUGCAGGACAUGAAAGCUCAUGCUGUCUCUUAAUGGAAAAGUUACACACUUGCUACUCUUUUCAGUGACCCUCCAAUUGAACUGUGAAACUUUGUGUUUUACACAGGCAGUUUCUAGGACCUUUUUUCACCUUUUUGUAAUGUUUUUUAAAAACAUUUUGGUUUGUUUUUAAAUUUGAGUCAGAUGUGAUGCCUUGCCAUACUCCAGAUGUGCUUACACACAAGCGCGCACACAGACAGAGAGAAUGCCAUCUCCAGCACAUCACAUCAUGAUGAGGGCUUUUUGUUAGACUAUGCUAGUUAAGUAGUUUAUGCAACUCUUGAGUUCUGAUCUAGUGUUUUGUCAACCCAGCAAUACGAUUAUACUCAUUAAAGGAGUUUUAAACACAGUAACGAUGUUAGGAUGUUACACAAAAUAUGGGCGUUCACAUGUAAUCACUCCCUGCUCUGAAAUAGGGUGACAUGCCUAGAACUAAUCUUUUCAUUAUUGGUGCUUUUCUUUUCCGUUGUGCAGAUCCUGACCGCUUCAUGUGGUGUUCUGCUCCUCAUCCAUUUUUUUUUUUUAAGGGCUUACAGUUAUACAGUGAAAAUAGAAAAACUACA